AUGAAGAAUAUUCUUAUCUAUGUAACUUAGUUCUUUAGAUUCGUAUGUUAUCGAAAUAUCGAAUAUUGUAGUCGUUGAAUGCAUAUUGCAGAAUGAGUAUUCUAAAACGGUGAUGACUAAUGAGUAAUCUGUUUAUUCUAUAAGCAUUAGUCUUAUUAAUAUCAUUGAAUAGAUGUUAAUACCAUAAUAUUCAUCAACUUUAAAAUUGGGAAAAGUUGUAAGUAGUAAGUCGCGUCUUGUCAUCUUGACAGUUGACACUUGAGUUAAUCAUUCAGCACUAGUAACGAUCAUAUUCUUAUUCUACGGUACCGAUGUUAAUUGUGUGCAUGUCAAAUCAACUAUAAGAGUGAAAUUUGUAUACAACUCGGAACUGUUUACGAAAUUGUACUUUUACUCGCCAGUAAGUUUAUGUAUAGUGUUUCACAAUAUCUUAGUUGAAAUAAUGUCAUUAGACAAAAUAACUUCAUAAUGUCCAAUUUAAAACUGGAACUUGAUGAGUAUCUUAACAAAAGUCAAAAAAAUAAAACCCAUAAUGGGCGCCAUGUUCAUAUUCCCAAAGUAUUUAAGAAACUUCUCAACAGCGAAUCGGGAGAACAAACAGAAAACCUGUUGGAGUCAACACAGACAACAUAUUUUAAUUUUCCACAAAUGAGUAAAACCCAAAGAAUAUUGGGAUUUAUAGUUUGUGUGUCCAUCAGUUGUUUGAUGUUCUCUUUGUCAGCAUUAUAUUUGCCUGUGCUUCUGAUAAAAGCUAGGAAGUUUGCAAUUUUAUAUGCUUUUGGAAGCAUUUUUGCUUUUGCCAGUGUGUCAUUUUUGACGGGUCCAUUGAAUCAUUACAAGUAUGUGACGUCUAAAGAAAAGCUUCCUUUCAUGUUUGGCUACAUUACAACUCUUUUAAGUACUUUGUAUUUUUCAUUGUGGAUGAAGAGUACUCCAUUUACUUUACUAUCAUUGACUGUUCAUCUGAUACUAAUUUUUUGGUUUUUAUUAAACUCCAUACCAUUUGGUCAAAAAGGUUUAUCAUUUUUUGGACGUUUAUGUUCAUCUAUGGUGAAAAAUAAAGUGUCAAAUUCAUUACCUGUUUAAAAAUAUUCUACCUAUUAUUAUUUAUUGUUAUUAUUGUGAUUU